CCCCACUAUAACCUAAAAACUUGUUACCAAUUUUCUAGAAAGGUAUAAUAGAUUUGUGUUUGAAUAUAAUUAAUUUCAAAGUAAUGUUCGGUUUAAUAGUUUCCGGAAGGCUGGUACAAACAGAAUUUCAACAAAUUAGUGAAACUCAAGUAGUGACAACAAUUCCCGAUGCCGAUAAUAUUAAUCACAUUGUAGUGUUUUUAACGGGAGCCAUUCCCUUUCCCGAAGGAACUGCUGGACAAGUGUACUUCAGCUGGCCUGAUCCGAAUGCUCCCCCCAAUUGGCAACCUCUCGGGUUUAUUUCGAACCAAAAACCCUCAGCUAUAUUCAAAAUAUCCACAUUGAAGAAACUGGAUGAAAUGGGAGAUUAUUCAAAUAUGAUGUUUGGAAUGAGUCAUAUAGUACAUAACGCCCAAAUAGGGAUAUCGAUAGAACCAGUGGCAAAUAUUCAAGACGUCCCAUCACCUAACAACGUAGAAUCUUAUGUCACUUUUGCACAGAGAAUGUUGGAGAAUUUUAUGAAUUUCGUACUUAGUUACACCGUAAACCAGUCAAAUAUGGUACCUGAUCCUUCGGCGACUUAUGUACCACUUUCCACCGUUCAAAACUGGUAUGUGAAUUUUGAAAGAAGGUUACAACAAAACCCGAACUUCUGGAAGUAACUAAUUUAAACUAUAUUAGGUUAUAUAUAUUUUUUUUAAAUCAGUUUUGAUUUUUUUCUUCUAAAAUAAAGAUAAUGAAUUUCAUAAAAAUAUAUUUAUAUAA